AUGGUAAAAUUGGCAAUAGACAUCAACACAGAUCCCGGUCAUGACAGGACCAUGGACUCAGACAUGGUCCUAGGCACAGAUGUCACCAUUCCCCAGAUGACAGCUCAGGACACCCAGAUUGGCAUGGCCUCAGCAACACUGAGUCCUUCAGACAGCAGCGUGGCCUCAGGUGGCAUACUGAAACCUAGGCAUUUGCAUGGCCACUGGGGAUGCUCAGUAAACUUGCAACUGUUGUUGAGAUCCAGAUUCAAGCAGUUGGCAUUUCAUGACGGGAGACCAGCUGUCUUUAGCAACGAAGCUCACCACAUAGUCUUGGGAACAGCAGCUCAGAGGAAGGAAGUGACUUGCCCAAGGCAAGUAACUGGUGAGUCAAGUUUUGGAUCCAAAGCUGGUUCAUUCCCAUUAUGCUGUCGUCACACAGACAGGAAUAGCAGCAACAGACCGCCUGCCUCCCUGGCCCGCUUUCCUUACACUGAGGGACCAUUGGCAUUUACCAAAACGAAGUCCAAAUCAAGACGAUCACAAUAUGUCUUUGAGGAUGUUAUACAGAUAACAGUAGUGCUAGACAGUGUGCUGGAGGUUAAAACGGAAUUCCAAGACGUAUGUAGAAAACUUCAAGCAUUGAUGAAAAUCAAUAAGCAGUUGUGUUCAGAAAGCAACGACCCUAUUCCAAAUCCCUAUGGCUCGGACAACGAAUUAUGCAUCUUUUGCAAACGGAUACUAGAAGAAGAAGCCAAGUCCAAUAAGAGCGUGGGAGAUUUAUCAAGAGCUACCAGGGCGGCUGCCCCAGCAAAGGAUGUGUGCAGUGACUUUCGGGCCUAUGUGCAAGAUGGACGACUCGGAUGUACAAGGGAGAAUGAUCCAGUCCGUGGUCCUGAUGGGAGGACCCAUGGCAAUAGAUGUGCCAUGUGUGCUGAGCUCUUUAUAAAAGAAGCUCGAGAAAAUGCCACACGUGAGAGAGAGAGCAGAAUUCGGCGAGAUGCUGAGAAGAAACUUUGUAAGGAGUUUGAAAACCAAGUGAGAAGUGGAAGACUCUUUUGUACCCGCGAAAGUGACCCAAUCCGUGGCCCUGAUGGCAAGAUGCAUGGGAACAAAUGUGCCCUGUGUGCUGAUAUAUUCAUGAGACAAUUUUCGGAAGAAAAAAGUAAAUCAGAGAAAAAACAGAGAGACGCUGAGGAAAGGGCUAAAGCUAAAGUGGAAAUUGAGAAACGCUGUAGUGAAUUCCGGGAUCGUGCAAAGAAUGGGACACUUUUCUGUACCAGAGAAAAUGACCCUAUUCAAGGUCUGGAUGGAAAAACACAUGGCAACUUGUGUUCCAUGUGCCAGGCUUUCUUCAAAGCAGAAGCUGAGGAGCAGAAGAAUGCUGAAGCUGGAACCAGAAGCAGAAGAGGGUCUGAAGACGCAGAAACAUAUGCCAAGCUGUGUGAAGGAUAUCGCAAGGUCAGAAAGAAUGGACAACUAUAUUGCACCAGAGAGAAUGACCCAAUCAGGGGCCCCGAUGGGAAACUCCAUGGCAACACAUGCUCCAUGUGUGAGGCUUUCUUUAUUCUAGAAGACAGAGCAAGAGCAAAGGUUAAAAGAGAAGCUGCAAAGGAAAUCUGCAGUGAGUUCCGGGACCAAGCAAAGGAUGGGAUGCUCAUGUGCACUAGGGAAAAUGACCCUGUUGUUGGCCCAGAUGGAAAAACACAUGCAAACAAAUGUGCCAUGUGUGCAAGUGUGUUCCUACUAGAAGAGGAAGAGAAGAAAAAAGAGGACAAAGGAGAGAAGGAUAAGGUUGAGGCUGGAAAGUUGAAGAGAGAAGCAAUACAGGAGCUAUGUAGUAAAUACCGUUCCCAGGUAAGAAAUGGCCGGCUCCCCUGCACCAGAAAGAAUAACCCCAUUGAGGGCCUGGAUGGGAAGAUCCAUGAAAACACCUGCUUCAUGUGUGAAGCUUUCUUCCAGCAAGAAGCAAAAGAAAAUGAAGCUGUGUUCACAGUAAAGAUUAAAAGAGAUGUUAAAAAGGACUGCAAUGAAUUUAUGAGUCUUUUAAAGGAUGGAGAACUUUACUGCACACGAGAAAAUGACCCUGUGCGUGGCCCGGAUGGCAAGACCCAUGGGAACAAGUGUGCCAUGUGCAAGGCUGUCUUCGACAGAGAAAAAGAAGAAAGAAGGAAGAAAGAAGAGGAAAAUCAGAGAAUCACUUCAGGCCAUGGCUCUGGUGGUGGGAGGCAGAAGGCUAAGGAGGAAUGUGCUCAGUACUGGGAAAGCAUGAAAAAUGGACAGCUCAGCUGUACUCGCGAGAGUGACCCUGUACGCGGUGCUGAUGGGAAGCCAUACAACAAUAAAUGCGUCAUGUGUAAAGAGCUGCUGCAGAAAGACAUAGAGGAAAGAAAUAAAAAUUCUGCCGAAAGAUCAAAUGGGACUGGCUCAGCCACGGGGAAGGAUGUAUGUGAUCAGUUUAGAAGCCAAAUGAAAAACGGGAAACUCCUCUGUACUCGGGAAAGUGACCCUACCCGGGGUCCAGACGGCAAGACUCACGGCAACAAGUGUGUUAUGUGCAAGGAGAGGUUGGAAAGAGAGGCCGCUGAAAAGAAAAAGAAAGAGGAUGAAGCCAAGAGAAACACGGGGACAAACAAGAAUGAUAAGGAGGAUCAAUGCCAUGAAUUCCGGAGCCUGCAGAGAGAUGGGAAGCUGAUCUGCACCAGAGAAAAUGAUCCUAUCCGAGGCCCAGAUGGCAAGACGCAUGUCAACAAGUGUGCCAUGUGUCAGAGCAUAUUCGAACGAGAAGCUACUGAAAGAAAGAUGAGGAAUGAAGAAAACUCAGGUCCUCAGGGAAAGGACCAGUGUGGAGAAGUUCACAACACAGCAGGCAAUGCAAAACCUAGGCAGGUCAGGAGUUCUUUGCCCUCCAUGGCUGGGAUCAACGAAGAUGAGUGCAGCGAGUUCCGAAAGCUCAUGAGGAAUGACAAGCUUCUCUGUCCACAAAAGGAUGACCCAGUGCUUGGUACUGAUGGAGCUCUCUAUCAACACAAGUGCCACAUGUGCAGAGCUGUCCUUGAAAAGGAAGCUUUGGAAAGGCCUGGACUCCAAGGAAAUCCAUCACACAUUAGAGUUACUAAAGAAGAAGGGGGUCCAGGAUUUUCCAGCUCCUCUGAGGACUCUGACAUAUGCAAACACUACCGAAUAUUGCCCAGGAUGGGCUAUCUUUGCCCAAAGAAUAUUCAGCCUGUCUGUGGGGAUGAUGGCCAAACCUACGCCAACCCCUGCAUGCUCUGUCAUGAAAACCUGAUCCGUCAGACUAAUACACGCAUACGUAGUCAAGGGAAGUGUGAGGAGAGCAGCAACCUGGAAACAAUACCUGCUGAAACGCCUGCAUCUGUGAGUGCAUUGGCCUCUGGGUUAUGGUGGCAGCUGCUGUGGGUUCUGAUUUGGUUCAUGCACUGGGAAAUAAAAAUUUGUCUGGCCAGAGAAGUCACACUAAUAGGUCAUAUGACUCGAGAAUUAUCCACAUUAUUACCAGGAUGA